AUGUCGUACCAACAGUACGGCUCGUCCUCGUACACGGGCCAACAAUAUGGCUACUAUCCAGAUGAACAACAAUACUACACCGAACAACGAACACCGCCAUCUAGAUCCCAACAAUACUACGACUACACCCCAUCCUCAGCACCACGAACAAUCAGACCCACAACGACAGGCUACCCAAGCCCUCCCUCCUCACCCUACACCUCCACAUCAAACCCCUACUACUACUACUCCUCCUCGCCCUCAUCAGCCUACUCAACCUCCCCAACCUCCCCUGGCCCAUCCCACUCCCAACCAUCUCAACCCCGUCCCCAACCACCAGUAGAAUACCACUGCCUGAUCUGCACCCACACCUGCGCGCGCAAAGCAGAUCUCGAACGGCACUACAGCGCUAUGCAUUGUCGCGACUCGAGUGCGCUGGUGGAUUGUCAGUGGGCUGGGUGUCAUCGGGUGGGUCAGGCGGGGUUUGGGAGGAAGGAUAAGAUGGUGGAGCAUAUGAGGGAUGUGCAUAAGGCGGAUAUUCCAAAGAGGGGAGGUGGUACUGGGGGGAGGAGGAGUUGA